UUAACCCCAUGUACCUGAGCCUAGAUCCUGUGGUCACAGACCUAACAGAUGGUGUCUUCCAACUAUUAAACUCUAGUAAGUGGUAUGACGUGGUUUUAGUUGCUGAUGACAGUGAAACAAGUUCUUCUUUAGUCCGUCGUCUAGGUAACCUCAUGAAGCGCCCAUUGUGGCGCCCUUUGUUUGUUAUCCGCCUUCAAAACAAAUUAAGCAAAGAUGAAAUUUUAAACAGACUUAGUGAUGUUGUCAAAAGCUUUAGUCGUGUGAUUCUGCUACACUGUGAUAAAGAAUUAGCCGAAAAAGUCUUUGAAAUUGCUGGCGAGUUGAAUUUGUUGAGUGGCGAGUGGAUGUGGAUUGUAUUAGAGCAGUCUGUCCACAUAACAGAGGGUCCAGUUAACAGCUUCCCACCAGGUCUACUAGCUAUUCGUCUUCGAUCUUUUACUGUCAACCGACACAGAGUCAGAGCAGCCGUCAGAAUUCUGACCAAAGCGGUUCAUCAUAUUGAACAGAACAUUCUAGUGGAAACAUUUAGAGAAAUCUCUUCCACUCUAAGCUGUUUUAAUCCUCCAACAAGACAACGUCAAAGAUUGUCUCACUUACUAUACAGUUCGUUGAAAAAUGUCAUGAACAACAGAAAUCACAGCAAUCAUUUCGACUACUCAACUCAUCAAAGUAGACGUUACGGGUUUUCAACAGUGUUUGAAAUUCUGAACCUGGCGCCAUCUAGCGACGGCUUUCUUCACUGGCAGGUUGUAGGAAACGUAAGCGGCUCAUCUGUCCGGCUAGACACCGUUCUUUGGGUCGGAGCAGGAAAAAUGGGACCUUGGCCAACUGGUAGACAGCGCUUCCGAGUGGCGACAUCUUACAAUCCACCAUUUGUUCAAACAUCCACUAGGGUUAGCAAUGGAAGCUGCUUAAUGGGCAUACCUUGUCUUCAGGUACAAACUAAUCGUAAAGACGAGUUAAUAACUAUCUUUGCGGAUUAUGCACAAGGUAAAGCUGAAGGUGAGACCUACAACGUCACCUGCUGUUCUGGGAUUACCAUGGACCUCCUGACAGACUUAGCGCGUGACCUAGAUUUCGACUACGACAUAUAUUUAGUAGCUGACGGCAUGUUUGGUACGAGCCGAGGAGGUCAGUCCUGGAAUGGCAUCACAGCAGACCUCAUCAGCGGUGCCGCGCACUUAGCCUUCUCCUCCUUCAGCAUCACCAGCAUGCGGUAUCAAGUCAUCGACUUCUCCGUCCCCUAUUUUCAUUCUGGAGUUUCGUGUCUUGCCUCUUCCAAGUUACAUGAUGUACCGCUGUCAGCUUUCCUAGUACCUUUCAGUGUGCAUCUGUGGGUCGCCAUCUUUGCUAGUCUCAACGUCACAGCUUUCGCUGCUGCCAUCUAUGAGUGGCUGAGCCCUUUCGGUCUCAAUCCCUGGGGACGACAACGGACCAAAAAUUUCAGCCUGGCAUCUGCACUUUGGGUUAUGUGGUCACUUCUCUUCAGCCACCUGGUGGCCUUCAAAGCCCCGAAGUCUUGGCCCAACAAGGUCCUCAUCAAUCUUUGGGGGUGCUUCAGUGUUAUCUUCUUAGCUUCUUACACCGCCAACAUAGCUGCUCUUUUCGCAGGCCUAUUUUUUCAGCUCCGAGUUGAUGACUUCCACGAUUCUAGUGUAAGUAGCUGUGGAAAUGGUGAACUCGAUGUACUAAUUGGAGAUACCGCUGUCCUUGAUUAUUUUCGUGGUAACGAACCCGGAUGUAACCUGCAUCUUUUAGGAGACCCUAUCUUCGAUGAUGCCUAUGCAAUCGGUAUGCAAAAGGGAUUUCCUUUGAAGGAUGCAAUAUCUGACUUGAUUCUUCGUUACAACGAGUUUGGCUACAUUGAUCAACUUCAGCAGAAAUGGUAUGGUAGAGUGCCUUGCUUUGGAUCUUCAGUCCACAGUCCAACCAAGCCCAUGGGUCUCAGUAUCAGAGCUGUGGCUGGAGUCUUCAUCAUGCUAUUAGUGGGCCUUCUAGUUGGCAUCUGUAUCUUGGUGAUCGAACAUCUUGUGUUUCGAUAUGUACUACCCAAACUAAGAGAAGGACCUAAGAAUGCAAUUUGGAGAAGUCCUAAUCUCAUGUUUCUUAGUCAGAAAUUAUACCGAUUCAUCAACACUGUGGAGCUUGUGUCCCCACACCACUCAGCCAAGGAAAUCGCCAGCAAUCUCCGAGAAGGCCAGAUCUUUAGUCUAUUCCAGAAGAGCGUGAAAAGAAAAGCAAAGGAAGACUUAAGAAGAAGAAAAAGCAAAUCUCAGUUCUUUGGAGUCAUCCAAGAAAUUAGGAAUGUAGUCCAUCAAGAACAAGAGCGGCAAAUUCUAGCCUCAACCAAUGAUCUUGUUUCAUCAACAGCUAUAGAAAAUAUACCUACAGAAGCAACGCCCCUCGACGAUUAUCCAAAUGACCGCAGUAGAGAAUGUGAAAAGGUACCUGCAGCCUCACUGUUAAGAAACAAAAUGUUGUCCGAAGAUAGUGCUCAACAAAAACGACUGCUCAUGAGUUCUAUAAUACUGACUCAGUCUUUUCCCUCUAUGUCUGUUCCUCAACCAUCAGACACCAAGGUUUCAUCUUCCAGUUCUUCAAGAAUUUCUUCCUCUUCUACAUUUCCUUCCUUGUCUCAUCUUCAUGAUCGUGUCUUUAGUUUUAGUCUCAAUGACCUUUCUCCAAACAGUUCAAAAUAUUCUCAACGAAGAAAGGUCGCUGAUGGGUGCAUCAAAAGGUCGUGUUCUUUUUCAGACCUUAGAACCCUGAAGACAAGACCACGGCUAAAUGACCUAGAUGCUUCAGAUUUGAAACUUCACCCCAACUACAGGAACUUCAAUUUGAAUCUUUCAAGCCAUCAAAAGCAUAAGCCUACUCUUUUUCUCCAAUAUUCCAUUGACGACCAACAGCUAUAUUCCUUGUCUAAAGAAGAAAUAAUCCAUAGGUGGCGAACCACAGAACGACAGAUGUUAAACAGAUUAAGAGAAGCUUUGAAACAAAAGGCAGAGUUAGAAGAAAAGCUUUCAUAUCUUAAAAAAACGCUUUUACGACCACCUUGAAAUACCAUGGGAUUAAUUCAUUGGCAAAAAAUAUCUUGGGAUAAGCUCGUGAAAAAUCACUUGGUUGGGAAGAACAAUAUAAAAAUCAUUUUGUUUUAGAAAACUUUUAUAUUUGAAGCCUGAAAUUUCUAGCGAUAGAAAAGAAUGAGCAUGGAAGGUUCUUCGGGUUCUAAAUAUUUGUGAUAUAACACCAGAAUUUAAGGUUGACAGAAGCUUAAAAUGCUAUGAUAUAGGACCGCAUUAAAUAUUCUUUCAUAAUCAGUAAUUUUGUAGGUUUGCCAGUCAAUCUUCUUGUUUGUUGACAUCACAGUAUAUAGAACAUAAAAUUCUAAAAGGAAAAACUAGUUUUGCUAAGGCAGUUCCGCCUGGAACUGGUUUCAUAAUGAAUCAUUUUUAAAAAAUAUUGCUAAACUUUAAUCUCAUCUUAUUUGGCCGCUCUUUCUUGGUGAUGUUUUGGGAAAGCAGCUUGAUGGUUAGUUUAGUUAGAGAUUACUUUUUUACUGCAUUAGUUUGGUCGUUUACAAUGACCGCUUAGAACGUUUAGACUAAAUAGUUAUAUCAAUAACAAUGACAAUUAUAUAUACUGGUAUAGCCUAGAAUGGUUGUUAUAGGUUAGUAAUGCUUUGAUUUGUCUGUUUGUUUAACAGACAAACAGUUUAAUUGCUAUGUUUAACAAACAUUUUAAUUGGUGUCUUUAACAGACAGUUUAAUUGGUAUGUUUAGCAGAUAGUUUAAUUGGUGUCUUAACAGACAGUUUAAUUGGUAUGUUUAACAAACAUUUUAAUUGGUGUCUUUAACAGACAGUUUAAUUGGUAUGUUUAGCAGAUAGUUUAAUUAGAGUUUUAAGAUAUAGUCUAAUUAGUGUUUUUAACAGACAUUUUGACUGGUAUGUUUACCAGACAGUUUAAUUGGUAUCUUUAACAGACAGCUUAAUUGGUCCUAAUACACAUCAGCGUAAAAUUUCUAAAACAUUGUAGCAAUAUAAAGAUUAUGUAAAAUCUAUUGGACGCCGUCUAAGUAAACUAUAUUCUUGCAUUAAAGGUUACUAAGUUCUUAAUAAUUAUUAAAAGUUUAUUCUUAUCCAAUUUCAAGCAAGAAACGAAGAUUUUUAACAUUUUAAAGAUUAUUCUACUAAUUGGCAACAAAUAAUUUAUUGGUAAACUUGUGAGGUAAACAGCGUGCAGUAAUAGUUAGAAAUAAAAUAUUGUUCUCUUGA